GAUUUUUAAGAUUGAUGAGAAGAAGAAAGAGGUUGUGGUAGAAAAGACUGGAGGCCCAGCUGAAAGUUAUGAUGAUUUCACUGGUUCAUUGCCUGAAAAUGAUUGCCGAUAUGCAAUCUAUGACUUUGAUUUUGUCACUUCAGAGAAUUGCCAGAAGAGCAAGAUCUUCUUCAUUGCAUGAAAAGAUCAGCCAGAGGAUGAAAAUUCUUCAGGAUUUGGUUCCUGGAUGUAAUAAGGUUAUUGGGAAAGCACUUGUUGUUGAUGAGAUUAUUAAUUACAUCCAGUCACUGCAGCGCCAAGUCGAGUUCCUUUCGUUGAACCUUGAAGCAGUCAAUUCAAGGGUGAACAUGAAUCCCGCCAUUGAAGUGUUUCCUUCAAAAGAUCAAUUUGAUGCAGCUGCGUUGUUAUUUGGACCACACACACCAAGGGAGUAUGUGCAGGGCUCGCAAGCCGAAUGGCUGCAUAUGCAGGUUGGUGGUAGCUUUGAAAUGACAACAUAAACUCGGAAUAUAAACUCUUCAAG